AUGGCCCACGAUCUCAUCCUCACCUUUGUACUCUCUCUCUCGGUGUUGUUUUGUCUGUUCAAAGUGGGGGGCGUUGGAUCCAGGGCCUCGAAUCUACCGCCAGGUCCGCCAACGCUGCCGCUUUUGGGAAACUUGCAUCUUAUGCCGACUUUUCGACCACAUGUUCAACUGCAGAAAUGGGCCAAAAAAUAUGGACCCAUUUAUUCCCUGGUUCUUGGAACGAAGGUCAUGAUCGUACUCUCUUCAGAUGAUGCAGUCUCAGAUGUGCUGGUAAAGAAGAGCGGAAACUAUUCAGACAGGCCUGACAUGUUCAUUGGACAAAAGAUUGCCAGCGGAAAUCUUCGACUUGUUGUCAUGAGGUAUGGCGAGAACUGGCGCAUGAUCCACCGAAUGAUACACAACAUAAUGAAUAUCAAGGCUGCAGUGACCUACGUCCCUUAUCAAGACCUCGAAAACAAAUUCCUUUUGGAAGGUCUUCUCGAUACCCCGGCUGACUUUUUGGCACAUAUUCGACGAUUCACGUACUCACUUUCUACCCAAAUGAUUUUCGGUUACCGCUGCGUCAAUAAGAGGGACCCAAAUCUCUUGCAACUGUUUGAGAGCUUCGAGAAAUGGGGAAAGCUUGCAGGGAGUUCUAGUGCUCAGAUAGCAGACCUUUUCCCGGUUCUUCAAUAUCUACCGGAUUUCAUGACGCCGAACGUUAAUUACGCGAAGAAGCUCUUCGAGAUUGAAAGAAGGAACUACGUCGGCCACUGGAUGAGGUCAAAGAAGGCACUUGACAGUGGCAAAGGUUUGCCUUGUUUCUGUAACGAUAUCUACAGAGUUCAGUCGCAAGAAGGAUUCAGCGAUGAUGCCGCGGGAUACAUCAGUGGCUCAUUACUAGAAGCGGGCUCAGACACCACUGCAUCCACUUUGUAUGGUUUCAUCCAGGCCGCUCUCGUUUGGCCUGAAGUCCAGCAAAGGGCUCAAGAAGAGAUUGAUCGAGUCGUGGGCCCCAACCGCCUUCCUACGAUGGAUGACUAUGAGAACCUCCCAUACAUUCGUUGCUGCAUAAAGGAGAGUCUUCGCUGGAUGCCAACUGUCAUUCUUGGGGUACCUCAUGCCGCCAUCAAGGAAGACACGUACAAUGGCUAUGUCAUACCACAGGGUGCAACCGUCGUAAGCAAUGUUUGGGCAAUUCACAUGGAUCCAGAGCGAUCCAAGAACCCCAGAGUCUUCAACCCUGAACGCUUCAAAGGCGACGAUACUUCUUUAUACCAAUCUGCUGUUGGGAAUACAAAGAACCGAGAUAACUUUGUGUUUGGGGCGGGCCGCCGCCUCUGUCAAGGGAUUCAUAUCGCCGAACGAUCGCUCUUUUUAGGGAUUUCCCGACUGAUGUGGGCAUUCAAUUUCGAACGGCCGGUGGACGCUAAAGGAGUUCCAGCUCAAUACGACAUCGAAGACUUGGUUGGAGGAAUCACGGUCCAGCCUUCCGACUUCCCUGCUAUUAUCAAGCCUCGCUCUCCUGAGAAAGCUCAAAUCAUUAGGGAUUCAGUUGAAGAAUGCAAACAGUUUUUAGACCCGGACACAUUGCAGUGGAAGAAGGUUCCUGAGGGCAUGGCUUUUAGCACAUGGAUGCCAGACACAGACCAAGAUUGA